AUGGGUGGAAAGACCAAACGGUUAUUGUUGACAUCGGUAGACGAUGCCGCCGAGAAGGAACCUGAUAGACGCUUUGCGGUGAUUCCGAAAGGUUCAGAGUUGUCGGAUGGAUUCAUGAAUCUGACCAUGAAGGAGUUGGCCAAAGCCGUGAAUUGCAUGGCCUGGUGGAUUGAAAGUGUUAUCGGGGAAGGGAAGCCUCGCGAGACGCUGGCUUAUAUGGCUAGCAAUGAUGUCCGCUACUGCAUUUUUCUUCUCGCAUGUCAAAAGACAGGCCAUCAGGCCUUCUUUCCGUCUACGAGAAACUCAGAUGAGGCAUUCAAUUAUCUUCUCAAAGUGACAGAAUGCUCUAAGUUCUUCCUCAGCGAAGAAAGAAGCGCUCGAGUCUCCGAAAUCCAAGCUGUCCAUCCUGCUCUUGAAACCUUCAAUAUCCCCAGCUUGAAGACACUACUCUCCGAGAAAACUGAGACUCGCCAUUAUCCUUUCACAAAGGCCUAUGCUGAAGUUGAGGACAACACAGCUUUCAUCAUCCACAGCUCAGGAACUACGGGGAUGCCUAAACCAGUCUAUCUCACGAACGGAUUUCUGGCGACCUUGGACAUGGUGGACCAGAUAGCAUGGCCUGAGGGGCGCGAAUCGGCUUCAUUUUGGCAUAUGUCCUCCCAGGAGCUGGUCUUGGCCACGACACCAUUUUUCCACCUCAUGGGCUUCCUUUCCUUUGCAAUUUCUAUCUAUCAUUCUGUUCCAGUAUUGAUCGGCCCCGACAAGCCACUCUCGAUGGACUACCUCGUCGAACUCUUUGAAACGGAACGACCUACAGGCGCACUUUUACCUCCAUCGGUUUUAGAGGACAUGUGCUACUCUGACAAAGCGCUUGAAAGCCUGCGAGGGCUGAAGUCUGUUUACUUUGGAGGCGCACCACUAGCUCACGAAAGCGGCGAAAAGCUGCGCAAGUACACCAGAAUCGUUCCCGUCAUUGGAACCAGUGAAAUAGGCUGGAUAUUGGCAGUAAUUCCCGAAGACGAGAAUGAUUGGCCUUAUUUCGAAUGGAAUCCGGCAUAUGGCAUCGAGAUGCAAGAUAAUGGAGAUGAGGUCUACGAAAUGGUCAUCAUGCGCCACAAGGGCCAUCGCAAUUUUCAGGGCGUCUUCCACACUUUCCCUGAUCUUGAUGUCUACCAUACCAACGACCUUUACACACAACAUCCAACGAAACCAAACCUGUGGAAAUAUAGUGGCCGAAAGGACGACGUUAUCGUGUUGAGCAAUGGUGAAAAGUUCAAUCCUGUCUCCAUGGAGCUCAUUAUUGGAACUCAUCCGUUGGUAUCAAGGGCUCUCGUCAUUGGUCAGUCUAGAUUCCAGGCCGGUUUAUUGAUAGAGCCCAAUCCCACCGCACCGGAAAUGGAUUCAAAGCUUUUUAUCGACAAAAUCUGGCCGACUGUUCAAGCCGCAAAUCAGACAAUCGCGGCCCAUGGAAGAGUCAUGAAAGGCAACAUUGGCUUUGCAUCCAAGGCUAAGCCAUUCAAGAAAACACCGAAAGGAACCACACAGAGACGCGCCGUGGUUCGAGACUACGAAAAAGAGAUUGAUCAAAUAUAUGAAGCUGCUUUGGAUGAUGAUCUCCAGGGCUGUCUCCCAGAGACCCUUGAUACUGUCAGUGUCUCAGAUUAUGUUAGCCGCAUCAUCGGUCGUGUCCUCGAAAAACCCGAUAUCCCUUUCGACCAGGAUCUGUAUAGCCUCGGACUGGAUUCUUUGAUGACGAUCCAGAUUGCGAAGGCUUUGCAAAAGGGUAUCCAGGAACGUCAGCCCAAAAUAAAGAAUGGGACAAUCACCCCGCAAACACUUUAUGCCAACCCCACAGUGAAGCAGCUGGUUGAAGUGAUUAUCAAAACCCUUGAAGGGAAGUCCGUUGAUGUUAUUCCAAGGAGUGAGAAGAUUCAAAAUCUAGUGGAGAAGUACACACAUGAUCUUCCCUCCGAUCGGGUCAUUCCCUCGGACCGCUCAGUUUCGCCUUCAAUUUUGAUAUUGACUGGUUCCACCGGCUCGCUGGGUACCUAUCUACUAUAUGACCUUCUAAACAAGCCAGCUAUCUCCAAGAUCUAUUGUCUCAACCGAUCGGACGCAGAGAGCCGUCAGAAGAAAAGCCUUGAAGAAAAGGGCCUAUUGUUCGAUGACGACGCGUGGAAAAAUAAAGUUGAAUUUCUCCAAGCAUCCUUUGGAGAGCCAAGAUUUGGCCUGGAGGAAGCUAAGUAUCAAGAGAUGCUUCAGUCAGUUGACACAAUUAUCCACAAUGCUUGGAAAGUUGACUUCAACCACUCUGUCGAGUCCUUCGAAGAAACUCAUAUCAGAGGCAUGCGCCGAUUCGUGGACUUUAGCCUCGCAAGUCGAUACAAUGCUCACAUUCAUUUCGUUUCAUCGAUUAGCACGGUUGGUGGAUGGAGCCCUCAAAUGGGACCCUUAGUGCCAGAAUUACCGAUGAAAGAUAGUUCUGUCGUUCUUGAACAGGGCUAUGGCGAGUCAAAGCAUAUUUCGGAGAGGAUUUGCUGGGAGGCAUCCACAGAGAGUCAUGUGCCGACAACAGUGUACCGCGUGGGGCAAAUCGCUGGCCCGACUACGUCGAGUGGAGAAUGGAAUCCACAUGAAUGGCUUCCUACUAUUAUCUCGACGUCCAAAGCAAUGGGGAAAAUUCCCAAUCAGAUAGGAUCAAUGGCAGUGGAUUGGGUGCCUGUGGAUACGCUCUCUUCGAUUAUGUCUGAAAUUGUCCAUUGCCGACACGCAAGCCCGUCAACUUCGGCGGUCUUCCAUUUAACCAAUGCUGAAACGACAGAGUGGUCGACACUGCUCCCUGUUAUUCAACAGAAGUACGACGUGAAAGCAGUUGAAUUUAAGGAAUGGGUUGCGGACUUGGAAAGUAUUCAAAACCCUACAAGCGCUGAAAUUGCCGAUAAGCCUGCUCUUAAAUUACUCAGCUUCUACCGUGGUCUUGUUGAUGAGGAGCAUGGUACUAUGUCAGUUCCGCUUGAUGUAAAAGAGGCAAGACAGGCAAGUCGGACGAUGGAAGCGCUGGGGCCGAUUUCCGCCCCUCUGAUGCAGAACUGGUUGGAUCAGUGGCAAUUCUAA